CCAGGUCAGAUAGUGGAACGAUCAGAGUCUCACAACUUUCCCACUCGCUAAAAAUGCCGAAUUUUCAGUCUUUUUUAAUCUUUUUCCUUGAAAUUCUCGAAGUAAUCUUCGAAUUCAACAAGAAGUUCUUCAAAGCCGUGUAUGAUACUUUUGUUCCGGCCCGAUUUCGCUCAAAAGAAGUGACUGGAGAGACCGUCCUCAUUACUGGGGCUGGAAGUGGACUUGGACGACUGUUGGCCGUCAAAUUUGCCAGAUUAGGCGCUAGCGUGAUCAUUUGGGACAUCAACAAAGACGGUAAUGAUGAAACCGCACAAGAGAUUCGAAAAUUCGGCGGCCGGGUUUUCCCGUAUGUCUGCGACCUUAGCAGCCGGGAACAAAUAUACGAGGUUGCAGCCAAGGUAAAGGAUGACGUCGGCGAGGUCAACAUCUUGGUGAAUAAUGCUGGGAUCGUCACAGGCAAGAAAUUCUUACAAUGUCCCGACAGCCUUAUCCAGAAGACGUUCGAUGUGAACACGACCGCUCAUUUCUGGACAAGCAAAGCUUUCCUGCCGGACAUGCUCAGUCGCAACCAUGGACAUCUCGUGACGAUAGCCAGUGCUGCUGGACUCUUCGGGGUUAAUGGCCUGGCUGAUUAUUGUGCCAGUAAAUUUGGUGCUGUUGGGUUUGACGAGUCGAUUCGGGAAGAGAUUUUCAACUUGGGGAAAGAUGGCGUCCAUACGACUGUUGUGUGUCCGUCUUUCAUCAACACCGGGAUGUUCGAUGGGGUCAAAAUGAGAUUUGAUAAGCUUUUGCCGAUUAUGGAACCAGAGUACGCUGCCAGUAAAAUCAUGGAGGCAAUCUUGACCAAUCAGCACGUGCUGAUGAUGCCACGUGGCGUGUACCUUCUCCUCCCGCUCAAAGCGCUUCUUCCGACCCGAUGUUCUUCCAUACUCAACAAGUUCUGUGGUAUUUCUUCAUCGAUGGACGCCUUCAAGGGACGCAACAAGAAGGAAGAAUAGAAGUAUUAGUAUACAUGUAAUCAAGAAUUGAUAAAGAAAGGUCUUUAUUUAGUCUUGGAAGUAUACAAAUACAUGUAGUCUCACUAUAGACCUCAGGAUUUCCAUUAACCCUUUAGAGAUUAUUUUACGAUUAGAACACAAUGUUUGUGAUAAUGACAUUCACUUAAAGGGACAAUAUAGGCAGCAGCUAGGCAGGCAAGAUAAAGUUACACGAAGUCACCAAUAGGGGUCUCUCACAUCUGACAGUACGUCGAAAUGAUGCACGCUUGUACGAGGAAUGUAUUUAGUGCUGAAUUUGACAUGACCCAGGGCCCUAACUGUGUAUACUAGUCACCUGAAGAUAGCCACAUUAACCCCUCUGCUCCUGCCUAUAGUCGCCCUUUAAUUCGGUCAUUUGGAGGGUGCUCAGCAGUAGUCGGCAGCUUGUGUCCCUAACUUUUGCUACGAAGCAAAUGGGUAUCUGGGUAUAUUGCCUUCGGAAAUUUGCUUUUCCGCAGAAAAUAGAAAGUUUUCAUUUGUUGUCCAAGAUUAUUAGGGGAAUCCAACAUUCCCAUUUCAUGUAUUUUGAAAUUCACGAAGCGAUAUUGGUCUUUGUAAUGUGCCUUAUCAUUGUACAUUAUGUACAUAUGUACAUAUUGUACAUAUUGUACAUACGUACAUAUUGUACAUAUGUACAUAUUGUACAUUGUACCUAUGUACAUUUUUGUAGAUGUAUGCAAAAAGUAUUGGUUUCUUUUUAUAUAGGGUCUACAUGAUUGUUGUAUAAAACUUUACUGCUAAGAAUAUAGUGUGGCUUGGAGAAAUUUAGUCGAAAUAUAUAUUUUACAAUAAAAAAGUCAUUUUAUAAUUAGUGAAUUAUGACAAGAUUAUGAUAGAUGAAAUGGACUGCUGUACUGUCAAAGCUCGAGAGAGGCCAACAUGCCUCAGGUUUUGGCCUGCAUUUUAGUGCCAAUAUGUAUUUUAUCCCGUAAUAAAAUUGUAUUUUCAUAAUAAGUAUUUUCGAUUUAGAAGGUACAUGCAGACCUGCCAAUCCAGAAUUCAGUGUCCAAUCAACACGUGCAUAACUUUGGUAAUUGUAUUUGCAGUUAAUCUGGCAAAUGGAAGGGGUGAUGGGUGAUUGCAUAAUACCCAGUUACCCCUGCUGCCAGAACAACUGCACAAGUAAUCACCAGGGUAAGGAAAGUUCUACUGCACUCGAUAGUUUAUGCUUCCAAAGACAGUUUUGGAUAAUUUACAGUUGAGACAUUUCAGUCAUACAAGGUAUAUUGAUGUAAAGUAUAAUAAAGUUUACCGUAUGUACAGAAA